UCCUAGGAGAUGAAACACACAGCACGCCAGAGCUUGACAAGGGAGUGAACAAGGGUUUUCACAAGAAUGGAAGCACCGUUUCCUUGCCAGAUUCCUUAUUGCUAUAUCUUAUGAACCUACAUAAUCUUGGGGAAGAGCCUGUGCUUAAUGAUGACAAGCCUGUCACCAGUGUAGCAACAACGAACAAAAAUAAAGAAGCAUUUAUAUUCAACAAGGACGUCAUUUCAGUCAACAACUUGUGCUGCAUUAUUUUUCCAAGAUGAACCGAUACACAACCAUGAGGCAGCUGGGAGACGGCACUUAUGGGAGUGUGCUGAUGGGCAGGAGCAUCGAAUCGGGGGAGCUGGUGGCCAUCAAAAGAAUGAAGAGAAAGUUCUAUUCUUGGGAUGAAUGUAUGAACUUGAGAGAAGUUAAGUCUCUGAAGAAACUUAAUCAUGCCAAUGUGAUUAAACUGAAAGAAGUUAUCAGAGAAAAUGACCAUCUUUACUUUAUAUUUGAAUAUAUGAAAGAAAACCUCUAUCAAUUAAUGAAAGACAGAAACAAGUUGUUUCCUGAGUCAGUCAUCAGAAAUAUUAUGUAUCAAAUAUUGCAAGGGCUGGCAUUUAUCCAUAAACAUGGCUUUUUUCAUAGGGAUAUGAAACCAGAAAACUUGCUUUGUAUGGGCCCAGAACUUGUGAAAAUUGCUGACUUUGGACUUGCAAGAGAAUUAAGGUCACAGCCACCAUAUACUGAUUAUGUAUCCACCAGAUGGUAUCGUGCUCCUGAAGUUUUAUUAAGAUCUUCAGUUUAUAGCUCUCCCAUUGACAUGUGGGCUGUUGGGAGUAUAAUGGCUGAACUAUACACGUUAAGACCACUUUUCCCAGGGACAAGUGAGGUCGAUGAAAUCUUUAAGAUUUGCCAAGUUUUAGGGACUCCUAAAAAAAGUGACUGGCCGGAAGGGUACCAGCUUGCAUCCUCUAUGAAUUUCCGCUUUCCCCAGUGUGUUCCUAUAAACUUAAAAACUCUUAUUCCCAAUGCCAGUAGUGAAGCUAUUCAGCUUAUGACUGAAAUGUUGAGUUGGAAUCCAAAGAAACGACCAACAGCAAGCCAGGCAUUGAAACACCCAUAUUUUCAAGUCGGUCAAGUAUUAGGCCCUUCCUCACAUCAUCUGGAAUCGAAACAGACUUUAAAUAAGCAUGUGCAACCACUAGAGUCAAAGCCACCUGUAGUUGAUCUAGAACCUAAGCUUCUGCCAGACAUAAGUGACCAGACUGCCGGACAGCCCCAGCCGAAAAACAGCCACCAGCCACUGCAGUCCAUCCAGCCGCCACAGAACACGGGUGUCCAGCAAGCACCCAAGCAGCAGAAUCAACAGAAACAGCCACCAACACUAUUUCCAAGUAUUGUCAAAAACAUGCCAACCAAGCCAAAUGGCACUCUGGGCCAUAAAGGUGCCAGGAGGCGUUGGGGUCAGGCUGUGUUCAAGGCUGAAGACGGUUGGGAAGAAUUUGAGGAAUGUGACUUUGGGGUCUCCCAUUCCAAGAAACCAAGCAUGCGCGUUUUCAAAGAAACGAGGAAAACAGAUUCUCCAUCUCGGCUUCCAGAGUCAGUACCUGCAGGCCCCAACCACUCAACAGAGGAAAACAAGAACUUACCCGCUGCUAUUUCCCUAAAAUCUGAUUCUGAAUUGUCACCUGCUUCAACAGCUAAACAGUACUAUUUGAAACAAUCAAGAUACCUUCCAGGUGUAAACCCCAAGAACAUGUCCUUGAUAGCCAGUGGAAAGGAUAUGAACCCAUAUACCUGGAAUAACCAGUUAUUUCCUAAGUCGUUGGGACCCACUGGGGCAGAACUUGCUUUCAAAAGGAGUAAUGCAGAAGAAAGCAUAAUUAAACCAAUUGAAAAACUAUCAUGCAAUGAAAGUUUUCCUGAAAAAUUACAGGACUCACAAGGAAAUCUUGGAAGUCGUGCUACUUACAAUCAGUCAGGAUAUAUUCCUUCCUUUCUCAAAAAAGAAGUGGGGUCAGCUGGCCAGAGGAUACACUUAGCAGCACCUGGCGCGACAGCUUCAGAAUAUCCCUGGAACACAAAAACUGGUCAGGGGCAGUUUUCAGGACCUACUUAUAAUCCUACAGCCAAGAAUCUAAAUAUUGUGAACCGUGCACAGCCAGUCUCCUCCGUGCACGGGAGGACAGACUGGGUGGCCAAGUACGGAGGCCACCGAUAGGAGUCUGGUGUGAAGUCCCACAGCAUCGCUCCAGAGUCCAUGCAAGUCCCCUGACCCCGGGAAAUGUCUACAGAUGUCUAUUUCUACUGAGUUCUGGAAGAAAUAUGUAAUAGUGGGUACUCUGAAGAGCAAAACUCAUCUCCUGUUUUCUUUCUUUCCUAGAAAUGAAAUGCAUUUUCUGAGCAUCAUUGCCCACAGUGCUGAUAUAUGGGUAGGACUUUACGAAGUAUUGAAUAAACUAUUUGCCAAAGUGUCAAGUAUUUGAUAUACAAAUUAAUAGAUACUAAGUACAGUAAGAAGCUUUUUUUAAAAAAUGCCUCCAGAAAUAAGUGUUUAUAGUGUUUUAUAUGUGCCCAAACUAUUUAACAUUUCAUUGUUUAGCCUCAGAGGUUUGUUUUGUUUUGGGCUUUUAUAGCAAUUACAUAGAUGUCUGUGGACUGUCAGUUAUGGUUCUUAUUUGGCCAAGUUUCUACUCUACCAUUUUGGCAAUGGCAGAAAGAUGGUAAGUUAUCAUUUUUCUACUGUGGAAUUAUGGAAGCAAUGAUAAUUCUAAUCUAAAGCAGGACAUCUUUCUU